CUCACCGAUUCAUCGAUACACGUUGAUACCGAACUCGACUCGUCGUAAAAGUGGAGUUCCGGUCAAUUCGAGUUUCCCGCUACCUAGUUCCUGACAAUGGCGCAUCGCCGGUUUUUUAUAAUUGGUUCACGCGUGACGUCACAUCGCGCCUGCAGUGGCGCCUCGCAUCUCGAUUGUGGCAAUGCUAUGGUAUUUAUAUUUCUACCGUUUUCUAUCUCAAUAUUGAUUAGUUAGAUUAUUCGGAUCAUUAAGAGAGAAAAUUUUUAAUCAUCUCGGAUCACGGGUCGAUCUGUAAAAAAACUCGCAGUUCGUGUUUCGCACACCUAAGACGCGGAAUAUCGAAGUGGAACGCAGUCCCCCAAUCCACUGACUUUCCUCAUCAUCCACUGAGCGUGGCCCACUGAAUUCUGGGUACGGCGCCAAACCGUCGCUCCGUUUUGAAGGUACAAUUGGCCGCAAGAGAAAACAGAAGACAACAAUCGAAGGAUAUAAUGGCAUGGCACUGCAACGGAAUCACGAAUCAAGAGAUGGUGGAAAAACUAAAAAACGCCGGUAUAAUUGGAUCGGACAAAGCAGAAGAAGCUAUGCUAAGAAUUGACAGAGGAAAGUACUGCCACGAGGUAGAUCCUUACCUGGAUCGACCGAGAAAAAUUGGCUACAACGUCACCAUCAGCGCACCCCACAUGCACGCGUACGCCUUGACCAUGAUGACGGAGCAACUGUCGCGACGAGGUGCCCACGCCUUGGACGUUGGCAGCGGAAGUGGCUACCUCACCUCGUGCAUGGCCCACAUGGUGGGUCCUGGCGGGCUCGUCGUUGGCCUUGAACAUAUUCCCGAACUGGUUGAAAGAUCGCGAAAAAACGUGGAGCAAGACAGGCCCGAUCUCGUGCGGGAUGGGCGAAUCAAGUUCGUUGUCGGGGAUGGGAGAUUGGGGUACGAAGCUGACGGACCCUACGACGCAAUUCACGUCGGCGCUGCGGCUGACACGUUGCCACAGACCCUAGUGAAUCAGUUGGCACCCGGAGGUCGCCUUCUCUGUCCGGUGGUUGCGGUACAGGGAUUUCAACGGUACCAGGAUUUCGUUCAAGUCGACAAGAAUCAGGACGGCUCGAUAACGACGAAAAAUUUGAUGCAGGUCAUGUACGUUCCACUCACAGAUGCGAAGGCCCAACUUGGGGAGAACAACUAGAGAUAUGAAGCCUAUAUGGGUCAUAACUGUGCGAAUACGAGUGCGACAGCUAUUUAUUUUGUUCUUCAUAGAGUCGUUAUAAACGAUCGGAUUUAAUUUAGUUAGACAUCACAACAGCUGAAUACAAUUCAGUCUGAGGCGGGGACAAACUUGGAAUCUAAAUAAAAAUUUAAUGUUGCGUCAUCGUGAUAAAGACGUUACAAAUUCGUUGGUAUCAUAGUAAAAUCCACCCAACUUGGUGUUCCAGCUGUACGUUGUAUGUAUAGCUGUAUCGGUGUUUGUUCGCACAGAUACGAAGUUACCCCGAGUAAAAUUGCAAAUUUUUAAAAUCGUUUAUUACUCGCAGCAGCGUUGAUUGAAAACGUUAGACAGCGAUUGCGGGUAUCACGAUCACAAUAAUUAUCAUGGAUCUUUCCAUUGAUACACUGUUUCUGUUAUAAUAAAGCGUUCACUGAAGAUAAUGCCUUGGCCGCACGAUUAUGCAAAUGCAUAAUUUAUACACCGCUCAAUCUUAUCUCAAACGUAUAACGUAAUUUAGAACUGUUCAUUAUUAGAUAAACAAUAAAACAUGUACAUACAAGCAUA